AAUUUGAAGAUUGCACAGCUUAAAGGCGUGAUAUCAAUCAAAAUUGUACAGUUCAAUAGGAAACAAGAUAAGAUUGCGUUAAAUUUUGUAAUUAAAGUAUAUGACCAGUGUGACCAAAGGCGUUCAUUGAGUAGUUUAAUCGGCAAAGUUUAUUAUCGUGGGUGGUUAAUUUGAGGAGUUUGAAAUGUCUGCAAUCAGUGCCCAAGUUGAGUUCUUGCCUGCUACAGAAAAAUUUCGAGAAACCAUGCUGUCCGACAUGGAAUUGAUGCCCAUCGUCCAGCUGGGCAACUACACUUUGACCAUAGAGUUAGAAGACUUGAAUGAAGAAGUCCGAGAAAUUGCCAAAAAAGAGCUGCGAGAAAACCCUGACGUUACCCAACAGGCCAUAAAAGAGCUCAGAGAUCUCUUGAAAGAGGAAGAUGACUUAUAUAUCCCCUUGGAAAACGACUUGUGGCUCGUUCGGUUCCUAAGACCGACAAAAUUCUACCCUGAAAGCGCCCGAGACUUAGUCAAAAGAUAUUACGCCUUCAAACAGAAACAUUCCAACAUGUAUGAAGACCUGUUGCCUAGUAGAGAAAAAAACAUUUUCCAACAAAACAUACUCACCGUGCAACCCAACAGAGACCAAUUGGGACGGAGAAUUUUAAUUAUAGAAUUAGGAAAGAAAUGGAAGACCGAUAAAGUCACACUUGAUGAAGUUUUCAAAGGCUGUGUUCUUUUCCUGGAAGCCGCAAUGUUGGAACCAGCCACCCAAAUAUGUGGUGCAGUAGUGAUUUUCGAUAUGGAUGGCCUUUCUUUGGGCCAAGUCAGCAAAUUUAGCCCACAAUUCGCUAAAAGAAUUGUCGAUUGGUUACAGGAUAGCGUCCCACUUCGAAUCAAAAACAUCCAUGUGGUCAAUCAGCCGAUGAUUUUCUCAGUGGUUUUUGCACUGUUCAAACCGUUUUUGCAGGAAAAGUUGCGAAGUCGCAUUAUUUUCCAUGGAAAAAACCGCAAGUCUCUCCAUCAGUACAUCGAUUCCACAUGCUUGCCAGAAUGCUAUGGCGGCAGUCUCGAUUUGCCUAGAAUUGAAGGCCCUCAAUGGCUAGAAUUGUUGGAAAAAUGCGACUCAGAAUUUAAAGCUAUCAACUCCUAUGGUUAUAAGAAGAAAAUCUCCAAAUAGUCUCAGUCAGCAAUGAAUGUCCAAGAACCAUUUACUUAGUCUGAUGGCAAUUCGUGGUGAAGCUACGGUUAUUUAUUAAGCAAAUAAACGUGAAAUUCUAUGUUACUUAUAGAAUGUAAAUAUGUGCCCAAUGUUUUUGAUAAUAUUUUUCUAAUAUAUUUAUGUUUAUCUAUAUUUCCUCCUAUUCCGUCUGUUUUAAAAUGAGAAAACGAUGAUUGUCACUUUAAACAGGGCUAUUGAAAAAAUCUUUAAAUUUUCUUAGUAAUGCAGAUACAGUUUGUCAACCUCCACCUUUAUGCGCUUCGUUUUCAUUAAUAUUUCGAGUUUUUUCAAUUUUUAUGGCUGCUUUUAGAGCCGGAAAUGUUUGUAAAAUGUUACAAUUUAUCACGUGCUCUUGCAACAUAAAUAUACUCAGUAUGGAUGCAAUUUCCACCUUUUUUAUAUGUAAAA